AUGUCGGACACUGAAGUCGAGGUCGAGGCCCCUCCCCCUCCCCCCACCCGCGAGGAGCGUAACCGUUGGAUGUAUGACUGUAGCCGGUGUUACGGCAAGUUUCCCACCAAACAGGCGCUGGACGAGCACCUGAAGCGCCGGCUGUUUAAGUGCCCCUUCCGUUGCAAACAGACGUUCGUUCACAAGGAUGAACUCAAAACACACGAAAAAGUGUGUAGUAAUCGACUCAAGAAUAGCUCAUUUGAUUGCUAUAAGAUCUAUAACAUGAUGUGA